AUGGCGGAUCUAUACAAUCCUUAUACUUCAUACUCUACGCCCACCCCGGGCGGGGUCGGCUACUAUCCCCCAGAGCAGAGUCACCAGGAACAAUAUGCCCACCAAUACCCACAGCAGCCCUACAACAACACAGAGCCUCAGCAUGAUCCGAACUACCCCUAUCCCCCACAACAGAACCCAUAUCAGCUGGCGCCCGAAUCCUACCAACCUACCGCCGAUAGAACUUACACCCCAGUAGGGCAACCAGACCAUCGCGGCCCUAUCAGCCCAGCGCCCCAGAACCCAAAUGGAAAGAUCCCAGAGAACGCAAGCUACUACGGCCAUCCAGAUCCCGCCUCCCAGCCACGUUACACACCGUCGUCCAAUCCGCAUACGCCCUCGGUCUAUGUGUCAGAUUCCGCAAACCCGCGGGACAGUAGCGGGGAAAUGCGAACAGUUGAUGACGAUCCCGAGGGCGAGCGUGGGAUUGGAAGUUCGCUGGCUGGUGGUGCGGCGGGGUAUUACUUUGGUCAUAAGAAGGAUCAUGGGCUUUUGGGGGCUCUGGGUGGGGCGAUUAUUGGAAAUAUUAUGGAGCAUAAGGUUAAGGUCGGAGUCGGUCGAGCCAUCGGGAAGAUGAUGAGUAUUGAGAGGGGCGCGAAUCUUAACUGA